GGUUGGACCUCAGAGAGAAUUCAAGGGAGGUUAGAUCGGAAUCCAUGGCGGAAGUGGCAGCAGCAGCGGCCGGCUCCACUGCCGGCGCCGCCAUGAGAGUGCAAAGCAUUUCCCAAUCGGGUCAAUCCCGGGUACCUCCCCAGUACGUGCAGCCCGUCCAGACCCGGCCCGGCAAUCGCGCCCCCGGCUUCGACAACAUCCCCUCGGUCGACCUCUCGGAGUUCAACCCGGCCAGCAGGGACAGGGUUCGAGAGGAGAUCGGGCCCGCCUGCAGGGACUGGGGGGCGUUCCACGUCAUCGGCCAUGGCGUGCCGCCGGCGCUACUGGAGCGGGUGAGGGCCGUGGGGAGGGCCUUCUUCGAGGAGUUCCCGAUGGAGGAGAAGGUCAAGUACGCGUGCGACGCAAGCUCGGCGGCCACGGAGGGGUACGGGAGCAGGAUGCUGGAAAACGACGACGUGGUGCUCGACUGGAGAGACUACUUCGACCACCACAGUUUGCCCCUCAGCCGCCGGAACCCAUCUCGGUGGCCUCACCACCCUCCGGACUACCGGCAAGUCGUGGCAGAGUAUAGCGACCAGAUGGCUUUGCUGGCUUCGAAGCUGUUGGGUCUCAUCUCGGAGAGUUUAGGACUUCCCACUUCGUGCAUUGAGGAUUCUGUCGGAGAAUUCUACCAGAACAUUACCAUUAGCUUUUACCCGCCGUGCCCUCAACCCGACCUUACGCUGGGUCUUCAAGCACAUUCAGACAUGGGAGCAGUCACACUUCUGAUACAAGACGAUGUUGGUGGGCUCCAGGUCUUGAAGGACGGCGAAUGGGUUAUGGUGCAGCCUGUAACCGAUGCAAUUGUUGUCAUUCUAGCUGACCAGACCGAGAUCAUAACCAAUGGAGCAUACAGGAGUGCAGAACAUCGGGCCAUAACAAACGGUAGCAGAGCGAGGCUCUCAGUGGCUACAUUCCACGACCCUGCAAAGUCCAAGAGAAUAUCCCCAGCUUCUGGGCUUGCGAGCGGAUCUUCCCCUCCCCGCUAUCGUGAUGUUGUUUACGGGGACUAUGUUUCUUCAUGGUACACAAAGGGCCCCAAGGGAAAACGGAAUUUAGAUGGGCUUCUCCUCUAAUUCCUACACCCUUCCUGGUCUGGUCUGGUCUGGUCUGGUCUUAACACAGGCAGCACACGAAUGAAAGGAACUUAUCUGUUGUCUCUGUCUCGGGGUGUUUGAUAUCACAAGAUCAUUUAAAUAAAACCGAAAGCACAAACAUUUCCAUUGGUAGAUGGUGUUUUUCUGUUUUUCCAUGUAAAUUUCAAACUUCUGUAUUUAAGUCUGCCAAUCAAGUCGAUAAUAUUCUCUCA